GCAGGUAACACACUUAGGAGCUGAGAGACAGAACAUACACCAGGAAAGAAGCAAACACUCUGAAAAACCCAUCAGACUCAUCAGGGAUGAAUAUUUAUACCAGUUAAACAGAAUAAUUGUUGACAAUGGAGACCAAUAAAAACCUUGACUUACAAUUCCUGGAAUCCAAACACAUCCUGAUCCUAUAAAAACGCUGGCACACUACUGCACGGUGAUGGGUAGAUCUAUUGGCAUAGGGCUGGCACAUACCCAUUUCUAAGAUGUAUUUAUACAGAUACAAGCAUAGAGCUUGCUGGAGCUGCUUUUCCAUCCUGCACAUGACCCUCUGCCCACAGUUGACUUUCUGACCUGAAGCUUUCUUGCAUCUGACUAAGGAUUCAUGGGCUUGUCUUGGAUUGACACAGGCAAACAGAUCCAAAAACGUUUGAUCUGCAGAAGACAAUUUUUUUUCAAAAACUUCAUUCUUCAUUCCAUCAGAAACAACAAGCACCAACCUCUCUAUUGCUGAGGGGGGGUCAUCUGGAUCCUUUACUUUUAUAUAUUCAUUCUAUAGCUAUGAGUAUGUGAUUUGCAGUGCCCAGGUGGUUUUGGGCCCCUCAGCUAUUACCCUUUUGGAGAAAGGGUGUGAGGGGGAGAAUGAAGCAUCUCACUGCGUUAGAAAAGAAUGAGGUGGCACUGGUACACCCGCUCUGAUUGGGCAUGCCUGGUGCUGGCAUGGUUGUCUGUGAUGCUGGAAUUUUCAUCUGCUGCAGGAGAAAUUUCUAAGCAACAUGACCCCGCCCCUUCAUCUGGUCAGGCAUCACUUGACUGGUUGCUCAGUAACAGGGGACCCUUCCAUGGCGCCCAGCAAUAUGUGGACUUCACAGAGAGGUUCCAACAAGGUUACACAACUAGGUACAGAGUUCACAGAGAGUUUGGUCGCUGGAAAGUAAAAAAUAUGGCAUUGGAAAAUAAAGAAUUCCCAAGUCUGACAUUAGCUCCUGAAUUCGCUCGCAACAUCCGCCAGUUGGGAAGGAGACCCUCGCUAUCACAAAUCACAGAGACUUUAAUAAAAAAGUAUGGGACACAUUUUCUGCUGUCAGCCGUCUUGGGAGGGGAAGAGUCCCUCACCAUGUUUGUGGAUAAGGAGAAAUUGAAACGAGAGUCUGCAGGGCGUGGGAACACAUCGGCGCCGACACUGGACACUUUGCAUCAACUGGCAGCUUCAUAUUUCAUGGAUCGUGAAAGUUCCCUAAGACAACUGCACCAUAUCCAAAUCACAACGGGAGCCAUUAAGGUCACAGAAACCAGAACAGGUCCAUUGGGCUGCAGUAACUACGAUAACCUGGAUUCUGUCAGCUCCGUGUUGGUGAUGGGUCCAGAGAGCAAAGUACAACUUCUUGGGCUUCAGGCAUUGCUGCCUCAAUACCUGCGUGCAAGAUUUGUCAGAGCUGCACUAGCCUAUAUUUCCUGUAACUCCCAGGGAGAGUUGGAAUGUCGGGAAGGAGAAUGCUGGUGUAGCUGUGAUCCUGCGUACCCACAAUGCAACUGUCCUGCUGAGGACAUCCAUCUCCUGGAGCAAGGACUGGCACAGGCCCAAGUCCAGGCAGCCAAUCAGAAUAAAGAGUUUGAGGAAUCAAUGGAGUUCCGUUUGUUUUUGAAAAACCUCCCUACAGACCGAUUUCUGAACGCCACAGCUAUAUCAAAGCUCUGGAAUGCAGAUCCCCAACUUGUACGACGUUAUGAGCAAUUACGAGCCAGCUUCAAACAGCUCCUGAACAGAUCACAGCGUCAAAUGCGCCGACUGAUUAACCUCAGUAAGCAUUGCUUGCGUCCACCUCAAUUCAUCUUACUUCGUGAGAGAUCAAAUGCAUUUUGGUGGCACAGAGUUCAGUCUCUUCUGUAUUGCAGUGCAACCCUGACUCCAGGAACAUUCCUUGAGGCUUCCCACAGCUGUACAUGUACUCUUCAACAUCCCACCUGCCAAGGACCUGUUCCAUGUAUUCAAGGACCUGGACCAAUGUGCUCUCUAUGUUCAACAUCUCAUCCUUCCCAGUGUGCUAGCUGCAAUGUAGGAUACACCUUGUCUGAUCGAGGCAUAUGCCUCCCUUCUGUACCUGAGUCCUCAGAGCCUUAUCUGGGGACAGAAGGCAGUCUACAGGACCUAGAGGUUAAAUAUUUGCUAUUAAAACGGGAUGGGCGUCUCAGAGCCCCAGCUUUUUUUAUCUCAGGGGAUGUGAGACUAGGGGUUUGGUUUCAGAUGGGUGGGAGGAAACGCAUGCUACUUACCUGUAAAAGUAACAAGCACUGGCCUCGACAAUUGCACAUUCUCCUUGGUCUUUCAAUGCGUCUCUGUCUUGCUGGCAAUGGGACAAGAGACCCUCAAGUGACAGUUUAUGUUAACCCUUUUGGGGGGAGCCACUCAGAAAGCUGGUUGUUGCCUGUUGGGGAACCAGGCUAUCCAAACUGGGAGAAAACUUGGGACUUGGAAGGGGGAGAUCAGUGCCAGAAUUGGACACUGAUAUUAGGACAUCGUUGGAGGUCAUUUUUUGAGACUGUCCAUUUUUACUUGAGGAGUGGCCCUCUUCAGGAAGAAGGAGAGGAAGAUUCAACAGAAUGGACUCAGACUGUAGAUGAGAAAUCAGAAGAUCCAGGAUUUGUCCGCAUAGAUGGUCUUCAAGCAUUUGGUUAUAGUGUGCCCUUUGAUCCUGAGGCCAUCAGGGGCUUAACCCUUCAGUUAGAGCAAUCUGCUUCUCGUGAAAGUGCACUAAUGGAAAUACAAGAGUUGAGGAAACGUGUAAAUGUAUUGUCCCCUCCUGGUGGUCGUAGAUUGGACCUUUUCAGCUGUCUGCUAAGACACCGAUUGAAGAUGAGCAGCAAUGAACUGGGAAGAAUACUGAACUCACUGAGCAGUCAGCUUCCAAAUAUGUCCACAUACGAUGCAGCUAAAUUGUGUAGCUAAACAUUUCUAACCACAUAAUUCCAGUUAAAAUGAAAGAGCCCCAGGAACUUUUAACAAAAAACAUAUGUGCAGUGUGUCUACAUAACCAUUUCAGUGUAUAGAGUCUUCAGUGUCUUGUAAUUAUACUUACACACUUCUCUAGCACUAAACUGGUUAUGUUAUUAGACACAGGUUCAUGAUUUAGCAGUUGGAUAUACCCACUAGCUUUUUAAAAAAUUGUAUGAGCAGGAUGAAUUUAAAAACAUCACAUAGUUGUAUAAGUAUGAAUUAUCAGUUUGAGAUGAUAAAUCAAGCUUUCUUUAGAGAAGGAUAUAGCUGUGGAAUGCCUUUGAGAUAAUUUAACUCAAAGAAACUUUACAGCUUAAGCCAUAUUCAAACACUAUGACCAAUGCAGAUUACCUUUGUAGUACAUAAAUGUUUAUCGGAUAAUACAGUGGGGUUUGAGCUUUUACAAAUAAUCAAGCAACCAAAAUGAAAUACAAUAUUUUAUACCCUCUGGAUAAAACAGUGACUUUACUCCAAAAAAGCCUUACUAGCCCUGUAAGUGAUGUUUUAAAUGGAAGCUGUUUUUGAUUUAAAAAAAAAAAUGGUUUGUUGAGUUCAGUGAUUGAUUAUAUAAAAUGUCUUAAUAUUGAAAAAAAAAAAAUGAUGUACAAAGCACAAGAAAAUAUAAGACUUUACAUUGA